UAUGUCUGUGUGGUUGUGUGGGUAUGAAAAUCUGAGUGUGUGUGUUUGUGUAGACCUUGAAAUAUAUCUUUGUUAAUGUUUUUAACUUGAUUCACUUCCUAAUAGAAAUAAAAAAAAUGUAUAUAUACAGAAUGUAUAUAUAUUUUUUAUUUUAAAACCAUUGUGUUUUAACUCUUUCAUUGCCAUCUAAUUAUAAAUCAUCUCCAGUGUCUCUGCCCUGAAGCUGCUGCUGCUGUACAACCUGAUGACCUCAUCUUACAUCACCAGAUUCUGAACAGAUUCCAUCAGAACAGAUUUGGAACCAUAGCUUUCAAACAAAACCAACCCUCAAACACACAAGCUGAAAGUGUUCUUUUGAAUUCAUUACUUUGAGAUAUCUUCAGAUCAUCAUGAAAAUUAAUAAGAAGAACCAAGCCAGCCCUCUGCACAAGGUCCUGACCGAAACGAUGUGUCGUUUUUUUUCAUUUCAGAUUGUGCAGAAGAGGAAGAGGGAAGCAAAAGGGCAAGAUGAUGCUGGUGAACUAAGGAAACCUCGGAAAAAGCGUUUGCUUAAAAACACUGCUAAGGUUUCUGACCUCCAGCAGUCUAAUGAAACAACUGUGAGGAAGAGGAAGAAGAAGAGGGAAGCAGAAGUGCAGAAUGAUGCAAUUAAACUUAAAUAUCUGAAAUCGUGCAUCAGGCCCAGUGACAAAAACAUUCCAAAGAGGAGGAAAAUCCAAUCAGCACAGGAGAAAGAGUUGCAAAAACCGAGGCCAUGUCUGGAAGCGCGUUUCGUUGUGAAUGCCGCAGAGAUUCCUGAAUUCCGUCCCCGACCUGCCUCGUUUGCUGCCGCUGCCCCAGGGCCGAGCUUUGUCAGCGAGUCACUGAUGGAUUUGCCUGUUACGAUCCACGGACUAAGCAUUCCAGAGUACCAAAGUGUUUAUCACUCAGUGGUGGAUUCAAAGCUAGUGACGUCCACCGGACAGCCAUGCUGCUACUCCUUGGCUCUUGGCCGCUAUAUCAAGCAGCAACUGUGGGACAAGCUCAGCUGUCCCACCAUGAUGGAGGUGGAGCAGGUACAGGAUGGUGAGCAGGUGCAUUAUAUUGAGAAAUUCGGCACACAAACACUGACAAACUUCGCUCCUCAAAUCGACUUGGACAUCACUGAAGGUUGAAGGGAGAGCAAAAGGGAAAGCAAAACCAUGUUACUGAAGGAAGGAGAAAGAGGUAUAAACUGCUUUGACCUGCCAGAUCUACUCUGUUCAUCCUGAACACCCUUAUACCUGUCGUCUGGUGUCACCCAGAAGUAGGGUCAUUCUGUUUGGCGUCACAAGUUUUCCUCUCAAAUACUUUGAGAGUCUGUACAUAGAACUGUGCCUAUUAUUAAAAAUUAGUUUAAUUUUAUGACUUUUUUAUGACUUUUUUUAUUAUUUAAAAAAACACUCACCAUAAAAAAAUCAAAUAAAAUGAUUUAUUGUGCACUUCCAGUUUGCUUCUCAUUGACAUUUCCUGCUGAAGAACUAAAUAAACACACACAUACAGUCUACAUCAUAUCUACACAAGUUCUGGCCAUGCACAAAAGCUUGCAACCUUUUUAGUCUACAGGUUUUUAAUCACGUUAAGUAAAACAAAGUAAAAAAAAUGAAAACAAUGCUUUUUUGUCUUUUUCCCUAGUUUUCUCCUUUUACAUUUAAUCCGACCCAAAAGACCACGGGUACGCAGCGAUCAUGAGGCAUCUGCAGUGGAAAAACACAAAAAAGAAAAAAAGAAAAAGUCUGGCAAUAAAU